AUGAAGAAGAAGAAGAAGAAGAGGAAGAAGAAGAAGAAGAAGAAGAAGAGGAAGAAGAAUAAGAGGAAGAAGAAGAAGAAGAAGAAGAAGAGGAAGAAGAAUAAGAGGAAGAAGAAGAAGAAGAAAGGAGAAGAAGAUGAGGGGAGAAAUGCCAAAAGCGAAGACUGGAGGAAGAAGAAGAAGAAGAAGAAGGAAAAACUAACAAAGGAGGAAACGUUGGGAGAUGUAGAUAGAGAAAGGAUGAAAGGGAAAGGAAAAGAGAAAGGAAGAGACAGAAAACGCAAAGAAGAUAAGAGAAGAGUAAAUAAGAGGAUAAAGGAGGGAACGACAACCCUGGGAGGUGAGAAGACGACGACACCCAGGGGGAUGAGGAAGGGGGGCUGGGGGCGACAAUCCCGGGAAGGGGGAGAGGGUAAGCCAGCUACGAUACCCCGAUGGGAAGGGGACGACGACUACGACUCCUAA